ACUGGUUUGACGGCAAACUAGAGGACCCGUCUUCUGCUCUGGAGUGGGGAGCUGUCCAUUUAACAUCCUCUGCAUAACUAACUCUCACUACUCAGGCAUAUUAAUAAUCAACCAUGGCUGUCUACAAGCUGGUGCUGAUCCGCCACGGAGAGAGCAGCUGGAACCAGGAGAACCGCUUCUGCGGCUGGUUCGAUGCAGAUCUGAGUGAAACCGGAGAGAAGGAGGCGAAGAGAGGAGGACAGGCCCUGAAAGAUGCUAGCUAUGAGUUUGACAUCUGCUACACCUCCGUGCUGAAGCGGGCCACCAGGACGCUGUGGCUGGUCAUGGACAGCAUUGACCAGAUGUGGGUGCCGGUGCAUCGGACGUGGCGGCUCAACGAGCGCCACUACGGAGGCCUGACGGGGCUCAACAAGGCAGAGACGGCCGCCAAGCACGGAGAGGCUCAGGUGAAGAUCUGGAGGCGCUCAUUUGAUACCCCACCUCCCCCCAUGGGCCCAGAACAUGACUACUACGGUAUCAUCAGCAAGGAUCGUCGCUAUGCAGACCUGACUGAGGACCAACUUCCUUCCUGCGAGAGCCUUAAGGACACCAUCGCACGGGCGCUGCCCUUCUGGAACGAGGAGAUCGCCCCUCAGAUCAAACAGGGAAAGAGGGUGCUCAUCGCUGCCCAUGGGAACAGUCUGAGGGGGAUUGUUAAGCACCUGGAAGGAAUGUCUGAUGAAGCCAUCAUGGAGCUGAACCUGCCAACAGGCAUCCCCAUCCUCUACGAGCUCGACAAGAACCUGAAACCCGUGAAGCCGAUGCAGUUCCUGGGAGACGAGGAGACUGUACGCAAAGCCAUGGAGGCCGUGGCUGCUCAAGGAAAGGCCAAGAAGUAAAGACACCGAGAAGCCCUCUCUGUGUACGACAGAGUAGGUUGCCCCUAACAACUGACCUCAGUUUAGUGUUUUUCCUAAAUCCUUAUUUAUUUUGGAUUGUAAUACAUGACGAGUACACUGUAAGGCAACCUCACUCUACUUGCACAGUGCAGGGAUAGUAGAUGGUGAAAGAUGGGGAGCCACAGCUCUCAAGAGAUUGUAAAUAUGUUUUUGCUAAAGCGGCCUAUUAAUAUGACAACCUUUAACCUGCUGAUAAAGGCAGUUUCUUAUCUGUGUACUUAAGUAUUUAAGUAAUAGCCCUUUUAAUAAUUAAAACAUUUAUUCAGUAAUUUAAAAAGAUGAUUUAUUUCUUGAGAAAUACAAAAGUAUUUAGCUGUGGUGUCCAUUUAGCAGGGAUGUUGAAGGGUAAUUAAACCAGUUACAGAAAAAAGAGGGAAAUUCUGGCCACAGUCAGAUAUCAAAGUCCAGGCUACAGCACGUGUUUUGAUGCUACAAACACAUCUAAGGUGGACAACACAAUUAAGACAAAGACCUUCUUGUUGCGGCCUCGGUUUUCUUAUGUUUAAACUGAAUGUCUCUGUGAGAUACUGUUUUUCAAAUGCACUGAUGGUGGUAAGGAAAGUUAUACCUAUGGGUGUCUGAUCAUACUGACUUCAUCAUUACCUGCCCAGGACAACUUUAAUAUUUAUUGGAUGACUUUAGUGGGAUAUUAUAGUCUAUUAUAAUUUAAUUUAAUAAAAGAUUUUUUUUUUUAAUGAAAGGGACCACCGCUAAGGAUGAACGACUUAUUUUCUAUCUCACUUUUCAAAACAUUUCAUUGAUGCAUUUCAUUGAUAAAGGGAUGUACGUUUGCAAUCUCUUGAGAGCCGGAUGGGACAGUUAGGACAGCUAAACAGUCCUUUUCUCUUAUUGUCUGUCUAUGUAUUUGUGCUGUGUCCUUGUAUGUUGUUGCUGUCUGUGUUGAAUCUGUUCUUUUUGCGUUUCAUUAAGUUUAUUCCAGUUUUAACGGUGCCAAACACUGCAUUGCUAUCAGCAUUGCACUGUGUAAGUGAUAAAUCCAUUAUUUGGAUUAUAGCCCCGCAGUUUCACAGUACCAUUGUGAAGCAUGACUGACAGAAGAUGAAAGGUUUCAAUUUAACCAUUAUUUUUGUUACUCUGUUUGGCCAUCUUUGUGUCUUGGUAUAGUCAAGUAUUUCACUCAGUAUUUAUGUGCCUCCAGCUCCUAUUCCUACAGUCAAUCCCUACAGCUGACCUCACUGCCUAAUGAGGAAGCAGUGGUGUUUUUUAGGAAAGCAGUGUCCCAUUAUGUCUUAAAGAAUCUUUCUUUUUUAAAUGUAAUUCCCUCUGUGUUGGUUAAAUGUAACCGAAAGCUCUGAUGGUAAUAAAUAUACAAAUCUAAA